AUGAAGGGGACACUUCUUCUGCUGGGCUUGCUGGUGACUGGAGAGCUGACCUUCUGGACAACAGAAGCAUGUGUUCCUUUCUUUGAAGUCUAUUCAAGUGUUGUCUCUGGAAGUAGGGUGUGGAUGUAUCAAGAACUCCAGGCAUUCAAUGCUACUGCAGAGGAAAAGAAAGCCAUGGACGCCAGCCCAGAAUGCCAGUCACACUAUAGAAGGGGCACUGUAAAAUCCUAUUUAGACUAUCUUUUCAAGGUAUUAAGACAGUAG